AUGCCUGGAGAUGCGCGGUCCUCGAAAGGACCAAGCCCAAGCUCACCCUCGAGCUCCUCCAAGACUGUCAGCAAGAUGGGUCCACCGCCUGCAAAGAAGAUGGGAAGUUUGAGCUCGAUUCAAGCGAAGCUCAACUUCUCCGCUCGACCAAGCACAGGCUCUACCACUAUUCAAACGAAGAAUGCAGAGGACAGAAAGAAGAUGCCUCCGCCAACUCUCACUGCGAAAGCUGUACCGGUAGUCCCUUCCUCUAGCCGGGCACCUAACAUUUCGUCGAAAUCUGCUCCGUCGCUUGGGGCCAGCACGAAGGAUAAAGGUCGUGCGAACGAUAAUCUUGAGAUCAUGGAUGAUGAGGAUGAAGCCUUUGAAGCGACCAUCAAAGCCCUCGACUCCACGUCAGGUAUGAUGUGGGCUGACCGGUACGCUCCCACAAACGAGGUCGAUCUCGCUCCCGGAAAAGCGCGCUUGAAAAAGGUCAAAGGGUGGCUCCACGAAGCGUUGUAUGGUCAUCCGCCAAACACAGCACCACAAGGCGAAUCAUUAGAACGGCUCAGAGACAAAGUCAGAAAGUAUAGGCGAAUACUGCUUCUCACCGGUCCGGCUGGAGCUGGGAAGACAACCUCCUUCAGAGUCAUAGCACAAGAGAUGGGUCUUGAUGUGGUCGAAUGGAACGAGGCGAUUGAAGAGCGAAGUCUUGGAGGAGGUUUUGACCGCGAAUCACCCGUCUACAAAUUGACAUCGUUCCUGUCUCGGAACUCAUUCACGCCGCUCGCCAUGACUCAAAGUUCUUCCCAAGCCUCGUCCUCACGUCCGAAGGCUCGCCCUCGCAUCUUACUACUCUCCUCCAUCCCGAAUGUCUCCCAUCUACCGACUAAAGAAGCGUUCCAAGCGGCUCUAUUGUCUUUCUGUCAGUCUUACACGUCUAGCAGCUGUCCCCUGGUCAUCAUAUACAGCUCUGUUGGGUCUAGUGGACGUGCCGAAGAGAGCUGGAUGGACAGAGAGAGGGGCUCAACAGAUGGAAUCACCGAGAUUCUCGGUAAAGACAUGAGGGAUGGCCCCUGGUCUACAGAGGUCGACUUUCUGCCGCUCGCUCCAAGUUUCGCUGUCAGAGCAUUGAAUAGGAUUCUGCCACUGGCUGUGAAGAGCCCAUCAGACCGACCGCCAGCCUCUGCGUUGCAACUCAUUGCACUCACUUGCAAUGGCGACCUCCGCUCAGCUGUCAACUCUCUCCAGCUACUCUGCUCCCGAGUGGCAAAGCAGGACGGGCGGAAACGGAAACGAGAUGACGAGGAACUGAACAGCAAAUCUAAAGCCAAAGGUCGAGGGAGUCAGGGCGGGAAGGGGGCAAAAUUGGACCUCAGCGAUCAGCUGAGAGCGGUGCUGGACGUAGUGUCUCGCAAAGAGCAGAGCUUGAACCUUUUUCACUCACUAGGCAAGAUCUUCUACAACAAGCGUGUGACAGAUCCCGGUAUAGAGGAAGAGGACCGCGAGCUCUACUCUUUCGUUCGCGCGAUGCCAGAGCCAGACGGGCUCCCGAGUCACCUGAAAGACUUUGAGAGGAGCAGAUCUAUGGUGCAGAUUGAGGCAUUCAUACCGACCAUCCCUGUCGAUACUUCGUCGUUCGCUCUCUGGGUUCAUCAAUCACUACCUGCCUAUUGUACCGACGUCGACCAGGUUGGCGCUGCCCUGGACGACUUGUGCUCAGCCGAUGUAAUGAGGACGGAGGAGGAUAUCUGGCAAUCGAGCACACAUGCCAUCGCUUACGCUCUACAUCUCACUAUCCGAGGGGUUCAAAUGGCCCUGCCGAGUCCGGUUCCUAGAAAUCGUCAAAAGAUUGUCAAACCGCAAUUCUUCGAGUCUUAUCGUCUCAGCAGGAUCAACACUGACAAGCUGAACUAUGGCGCUGCCUACUUGACCAAGAAGGCUAUUGCAGCCAGUGCCAAGCUUGCCGGGGCGGGUGGCGCACCCUCAGUGGAUGAUCCUCCUUGGGGCGGAAUGAUACCGAAGGACGUCAUAGCGACCGAGAUGCUGCCGAUGAUGAUCAAGAUUCAAUCAGCAUCCAAGACCCCGCUGCUCCCUUCCGCAGUUCAAUCUCUGGCCAUGCCCCCAUAUGCGAUGCUCACGAUGGGAGAAAUUGAGCUACGAGCCAACGAGGAUAUCUCGCAGGAGCUUAGCGAGCUGGCGGUCGGUGAAGAGGAGAGUGAGGUGGUCGAUACCUCUGUCUGGGUCGACGAGUCGGACAAUGCACCACAGGAGGAUGAUGCUCUUGCGGGAGACGAUAUCGAGAAUUGGGAUUGA